GCGCCCGCCGUUGCUCUGGCAACGCUCGUAACGGCCAGAUUUAGCAAGUAAGCUAAGUUGGACCCUCACUGGUUUUAACCCAGAUUUGAUGCCUAAAACAAGCUCAGACACGUUAUGGGAGCUGGCUGCGGCUGAGGUCCACAGCAGGGAGACUGGAGGGGGAGAGGAGGAUAGUGGGCUGACCGUCAACGAGAGGACCGUGUUUCUGAUGGGGAGUAAAGCUGGGGGUAAAACAUCGAUUCUUCUUAGGUGCCUUGACAGAGAUGAACCGUCCAGGCCAACUCUGGCGCUGGAGUACACAUUUGGAAGACGGGCCAGAGGACACAACACACCUAAGGAUUUAGCCCAUAUUUGGGAGCUGGGAGGAGGUACCUCUUUGUCAGACCUGGCCCAGAUCCCCAUCACUCCUGUCAGCAUCAGGUCUCUUUCUGUGAUUCUUGUUCUUGACUUGUCUAAACCCAAUGCCCUGUGGGGAACAAUGGAGAAGCUCCUGAAGGCUGCACAUGCUCAGCUGGAGAAAGUCUACUCCCGGGCCCAACAAGAACAAAGGACCAAACCUGGUGCCAAACACCAGACAGUCGUCCAUGUUGCUGCACGUGUCUUACCUAAAGACUUUCCUGACAGAGAGCUGAUCAGUCCCUUUCCUGUUCCUCUGCUCAUCAUCGGCAGCAAAUAUGACCUUUUUCAGGAAUUUGACUCUGACAAGAAAAGAGUGAUCAAUAAAACACUGCGUUUUAUAGCCCACUUUUAUGCAGCCUCUCUUAUUUUCACAAGCAUCAAGUCAGAGAGCCUGUUGUCAAAAACCAAAGGCUUUUUCUCUCAUCUUGCUUUUGGUCUGGACAGAGGGAAAACUGUGUCCAGUGACCCAAACAAACCGCUUAUCAUUCCAGCCGGCUCAGACUCCUUCGGCCAAAUAGGUUCACCUCCCACUACUGAUAUGGACAUUAAUUCUCUUCAUGCCAAAAACCCAAAGGAUCUCUGGAGGAAAGUCUUUGAGCGUGUUUUCCCCGAAGAGAAUACCAGUGAGCAGAAGGAGCUGAAGGAUCCAGCUAAAGAUCCACGAUACAGUGAGCCUCAGAUUGAUGCCAUGAGAGUCCAGAAAGAUCAGGAGUUGGACCAGUAUAAGAGGAAUGCUGCUAAGUCAUGGAAAGGGCUGGAAUUGGAGAAAUGAGAGAUAAUCACAUAUAUGUUGACACACAUGCAGGAUAGAAAGGACGACUGUGGCUCAGGUGGUCAUCUCUUAUGAUCCCACACAUGCUGAUGUGUCCUUGGGAAGACACUCAACCCAAAUUUGUUCACACUGAUGUGUCGGUGGAGUAUGAAUGUGUAUGGAUAUGCAUGAAUGGGAUUAAUUAUUACUAAUGGCAUCUCUCCAAAGCCCCCUCUGCC